AUGAAGAAGGAGAUGCAAAGGCCACUCCUGCAAGAGGAGAAGCGCUCCAACGGGAAGAAAGCCGGCUCCGGUACGCCCCUGUCCACGGCUCUGAACCUCGCGGCCUCUUCCAUGGGCACGGGCUUGCUGACAUUGCCGCACGCAUUUGCAUGCUGCGGGCCGGCGCUUUGCAUCCUCUUACUCGGAAUUCUUGCCCUCACGACGGACGUGACUCUGAUUCUGCUUAUACGGUUGGGAAGGCAUCUGGGAGUCUCAACCUUCGGCUCCUUGAUGCAGAAGCUCUUUGGUAAGAACGGCUCGGGCUGCUUUCAGCUGAUGCUGAUCUCCGUCUUGUUCCUGGCCUUGACAGCCAUGCAGCGGGUUGUGCUCGACCUUCUGCCGAUCUUCAUGGAGGCGAUGUGCGGUUUCAGCCACGUGUCGCCCUUGGGGCUGAGUAUGAUAGUCAAUGUGUUCGUGCUGGCUGCCUGCUUUUCGGGGAGCUACCACGCCUUGAGGUUCACCUCAGGUGCGGCCUUGCUUUGCUUGGUGCCCUUCAUGGUGGCCCUGGGUCAGGACGCCCUCGCAGACCGCUCCGAGAAGCCUCCCCCACGUCCCGCCUCGGAGGCGGCUUCCAUGCAGGGGUUUUUGAUGUCUUCGCCGAUCCUGGCCUCUGCCCUGGCCGGUGGGCACUUCUCUGUGAUGGAGAUGGCUGCCGAGCUGAAACCCCAGCACAGGGAGUCCAUCUAUGGCGUGAUUCAUGUGGUGUUUUUGGGUGUCCUUCCCAUCUGCUAUGUUCUCGUCUCUUUGGCCGGGGUCUCGCUCUUCGGUGCAGACACGCCUGAGGACAUCUUGGUUGAGUUUCAAGGCAACUCGAUCAUGGAGCUUGCAAGAGGAGUUCUAAGCUUCACCAAUGCGCUUCGCAUGCCCCUGAUCCUUAUGCCGUUGCACAGCCUGGUUUGUGACACCAUGGUUCUCUUCACCUCGCGGGAUGUGAAGGCUUCUGGUAGCAACGGUGGCAGCAGUCCCCUCUUGAAUGUGUGGCGGAACAUCGUGGGCAUGCCCAUCCUGCUCUUCGGGGCGGCAUGCCUGGCGCAGUGGCUGAGCACACUUUCGAGCAUCCUGGGGCUUCUGGGAGGUACCUGUGGGGUGCUAGGCUGCUUCUGCAUUCCAGGUGCAAUGUACCUCUGGGUUUGGCGAGCAGAAGGGAGGAGCAUCUCUUCAAACUAUGCCGUUCUCGCGGCCUUUGCCAUUCUCGUUGGAUUUGCUGUCGUGGUAUCUUGCUGCCUAUCCUGGAUCUGGUGA